CCCCCGCUACCAGUCACCUGGAAACCUUCCGGGGCAGGAAUCGGGAUGGAGUAGUCUAAGGGGCGCAGAAGAGUUUGCGGCACAGCUACUGACUAAUUCUCUGUUGCUUCUCAAAGUCGGGCUGGGGCCUUACAGGGACCUCGGGAUGGCUUAGGGAGCUUCUUUCUUCUACCCAAGCCAUCAUGUAUGGAAGCUGCCUUUUGGAGAAAGAAGCGGGCAUGUAUCCGGGCACUAUCAGAAGCCCGGGAGGAGGCAGCACCGCGGGGGUGGGCAGCACUGGGAGCGGUGGAAGUCCGCUGCCAGCCUCCAACUUCGCUGCUGCCCCAGCUUACCCGCACUAUAUGGGGUAUCCUCAUAUGACCAACAUGGAUCCUCAUGGGCCAUCACUGGGGACAUGGAGUUCACCCUACAGUCCCCCGCGGGAAGACUGGAGCGCGUACCCAGGGCCGUCCAGUACAAUGGGCACAGUGCCCAUGAACGACAUGACCUCGAGCCCUGCUGCUUUUGGCUCGCCCGACUACAGCAGCCUGGGCCCCGCCGGCGGUGGAAGCAGCGGCGGUGGCCUGCCAGCCUCAGCCAGCGGGUCACUGGUCCCCAUUGACUCCGGCACCGCCGACGCCAGUUCCUCCAGCAGGAGCCGCCACAGCCCCUAUGCAUGGAUGCGCAAAACUGUGCAGGUGACCGGGAAAACCAGGACAAAAGAAAAGUAUCGUGUGGUUUAUACAGAUCAUCAAAGGCUGGAGUUGGAAAAGGAAUUCCACUGCAAUAGAUACAUCACCAUCCGGAGAAAGUCAGAGCUGGCAGUUAACCUGGGCCUUUCUGAGAGACAGGUGAAAAUCUGGUUUCAGAAUCGCAGAGCCAAGGAGAGAAAGAUGAUCAAAAAGAAAAUCUCCCAGUUUGAGAACAGUGGAGGCUCAGUGCAAAGUGACUCUGGCUCCAUCAGCCCUAGGGAACUGCCUAACACUUUUUUCACCACCCCAUCUGCAGUUCGUGGAUUUCAGCCUAUUGAGAUACAGCAGAUCAUAGUUUCUGAAUGAAAGAAAGGCAAAAAGAAAUGGAAAGUGUCCUUUCUUUAUCAGCAUCUGUUUGGUCUAUAAGAUGUCAGCAGGGUAGUUGAGACAGGUGUAAUUCCUUAUAAGUCAGUAUUUUGAACAAGUGGACACACAAUGGAUUAGAGAUUAUUCAGAGGACUUUUAGAAACUAUUACCAGAAAACUCCUCUUAUGUGUUGUGCUAUUUGUCAAGUUACUCAGGAAGCUUAGUGGUAAGCUAUAUAAUCAAAAAGUUAGAAUCAUAAGCCCUUGCAACUCUGUUCAAAAUUUCAGAAACUUGCUUAUGAACAGAAUAUAUAAUACAGUUCUGCCAGGAGGCACAUUUUUGUAUUUUGUAUUGUGUUUGUUAUUUGAUGCUGAGUGUGUUCUUUUAUGCUAUUUUAGGGGGUGGGAAGAUAGUAAGCAGAAAUUUAUCUAUCCUUAGAUACCUUUUUAAGUGUAUAAUUCAGAAGCUAACAGAGUUGUCAUAACCAUACAAGAUAACUGUUUCAAAAAUUGUCAAGAGGUGACUCUGAAUCCAUCUCACUAGCUAAU